AUGACAGAAUGGGAGUUCUGGUCUCCUGCAGAUACUCGAGCCAGCCCACACAUCAACAAACUGGUGCCUUAUGACUUGUCUUAUGUGGGUACUGGGAAUUUCAAAGCAGUGAUAGAUAGGGUGGUCAAAGAAGAAAUCAUAGAUGAAAGUGCGCACCUUCCAUGUUUCAAUGGCAGAGUUGUCUCCUGGCUGGUAGCAGCAGAAAGUAGUGCCUCAGAUACACAGUCCCAGUGUGAUUCACAGCAGGGGGAUCCCACCCCACCCCCCAACCUUCCAGGAGAGAGAGUGGGAGGAAUUGGAGACAGUCGCCCGCCAUCUUUUCAUGCUAACGCCUCAUCAGUCCACAGCCAAGACAACGAGCCAUGUGACACAUGUACAGAGACAGACUCCGUUAUCAGCUCACGACGAGAUCGUCAAAAUCAGCAAGUGCGUUCUUCAUCCAGACAGUCUAUAACUCAUCCCAGAGACACUCGGCCAAACAAUGACAACUUACAUAUCACAAGAGUUACAAAUGGACACAAUAAGCACGAGCGUCAUCGAGGCGGAGGCCAUGGUUAUGAGACGUCGUCGUCAGUCAUCACAAGUGAUAUAGAAACCACUAGCUUUUUCGAUUCUGAAGACGAUGCUUCAAGCAGGUUCUCAUCAAUGACAGAUGCUACAAGUAGGUCAUCAAAAUAUGGUCGUCAUCGGCGGCGGAAACGGAAACAUCGUAUGCCCCCUAUCAGCAGAGUGAGUACUGCUCUGACUUCUUUAUCUGGCAUCAGCUAUGCAAUGUGCGUAUUCCUGGCAACAACAGCUCUGUUCUGUAACCACUUCCCCAUGACAACCUGUAUUGUAUUAUCACCCUGUGCUGUAGAUGGUGGAGUGAUGUCAGUUUCUACCAGCAUAAUGUACAUACUAGGCUGUAACUGCUCUAAUUCAAGGUGCACUGAAGAGGCCAAGGCCAGAGGAAAUGAGUUUGUGCUCGAUGGCAGCCAACUUAGCCUGUUUGAUAGAAAAAUAGCAGAUGGUCAGGAUUGGAGUGAUUUUAAUGGAUGGCUGUAG